AUGCAUGAAACCAUAACUGUUAAUGGCUGCCCAGAAUUCCGUGCCAGGGCCACUGCAAAGGCAACAGUUGCUGCUUUUGCAGCAAGUGAAGGCCAUUCACACCCUCGAGUGGUGGAGCUGCCAAAGACUGAUGAAGGUCUUGGCUUUAACGUGAUGGGAGGAAAGGAACAAAACUCUCCUAUAUAUAUUUCUCGUAUAAUUCCUGGAGGGGUGGCAGAAAGACAUGGAGGACUCAAGCGAGGAGACCAGCUGCUUUCUGUUAACGGAGUGAGCGUGGAAGGAGAGCACCAUGAAAAAGCAGUGGAGCUCCUGAAGGCUGCUAAAGAUAGUGUCAAGUUGGUUGUGCGCUACACUCCCAAAGUGCUGGAAGAGAUGGAGGCUCGUUUUGAAAAACUGAGGACAGCACGACGCCGGCAACAGCAGCAACUGCUAAUUCAGCAGCAGCAACAGCAGCAGAAUACACAGCAAAAUCAUAUGUCGUAG